AUGAAAACCGAUUUAGCCAUCUUGAAGCUGUCCUUCUUCCUCAGCCUAGUCGUGGUUGUAUCAUGUUCUCAGGCUCCCGCACCGUGGAAUCCAUCUAUGGGGACGCGUCCAGGAACAAGCCGGUUAGGCUACGAGAUACGCAUGUAUAACUCUGCAGUCUGGAUGUCCACGGAUCCCAUCCCCGCUUCAUCCAUGACUCAAGGCACCAAAACCGGUUUCAACGAAGAACCAACAAACCCCAUUGGGUAUGUGACGGAUGAUUCAGCCAUUAAAGAAGCUUUAGCUCUGAUGGAUAGCUCUGAAUGGAAGUUCCACAUCGAGAAGAGCAAAGGAGCGUGGCCGGAAUAUUUAGUCACCGAUUAUAACCCACCGUUCCAGACCACCGCUAGAGUUAAUGAGAUUCUUGUUCCGUUUGACAUGUAA